AUGGCAGUCCUAAUCCUGGGCCGUGUGAUUCAAGGAUUAGGCGGAGGAGGACCCGACGUCCUCAGUGAAUUGAUCAUCGCUGACAACACCACUCUCCAAGAGCGCGCUGUGUACAUUGGCAUGUUGUCUCUUCCAAUGGCAGCAGGAUGUGUCAUGGGCCCAAUCCUCGGUGCAGUGUUCAGCGACAUUGCACUCGUGCUGGUGAUCUUCUUCAUGCGCCUAAGACCUAUAUCACAGCCUCUCGAGCAAGUGAAACGAAUGGAUUGGCUAGGAAUGCUGAUGUUCAUGGUCGGCUGCAUUCUGUUCGCUUUGCCGCUGAGUUGGGCCGGAAAUAUGUACCCCUGGAGCUCAUGGCGGACUAUUGUACCGCUCGUAAUUGGUGCCUUGAUGCUAUUGGGAUUUGCACUUUACGAGUCACGUCCGAAUGACCUUGUGUUUCCCUACCGCAUUUUCCGCUCACGGACUGCCCAGAUGACCCUCCUUGGUAGCUUCAUCCAUGAUAUGAUUCUCUAUGCUCUGCUGCAGUACCUUCCACUUUUCUUCCAGGCCGUCUACCUAGAGACGCCGCUCAAGUCUUCAAUCUCAAUCUUACCGUUCUGCUGCGUGGUCUUCGUGUUUACGGGAAUCGCCGCCUGGGCCGUGGAUCUCUUCCGAAAAUACCGCUGGGAGAUCUGGGUGGGAUGGGUGUUUCUUGCAGUUGGAGUUGGUAUUCUAUCAUUAUGGAGUCAAAGCUCGUCUCUUGCCAUGACAGCCAGCUUCCAGGUGAUUGCUGGAAUUGGUAUUGGCACGGUUUUCAGUGUGCCUCCAAUUCCCCUGCAGGCCAGUGCACCAACGGCCGAAGACCAAGGUCUUGCUAUGGGCAUUAUGGUUGCAUUUCACCUCUUUGGCGCUCUUAUUGGCCUUGCGAUUGGGAAGAUUAAUGCAAUCGCCUCACUGCCCGCUUCUGUGGCUUUGUUGAAGGAUCCUAGUGAGGCUAUUAGUUUUAUUCCACUAUUGCGCUCUGUGGAUAUCUCUCCUGCCCUACGUGACCUCAUCCGAGAGGCAUAUAAAGAUGCGAUGCAAACAAUCUGGUAUGAACUUGCAGCUUUUGGUGCUGUGGGCUUCUUGAGCUCGUUGUUUAUCAAGGAAUUGACCAUGGAGACAGAGGAGCUUGGUCGACAAGCCUUUAAGGAGUAG